GAUUCGGAAAAACGUUUGCUGCAUAAACUAAGAAUUUAUUCUAGUCAAUGGAUUUUCUUGAUGAUGGAGAACAGGAGAAGAUGGCCACGCUAUGUAAGCGAACUGUUGGAAACUUUCUGCAUACAUACACAGUGCAAGUGAUAAUGGUUUGUUGGAUAAAUGUGAUAGUUAGUGAUAGUUCUAGAACAAGGACUGAAAACCGGAAAGAAGUUAGUAAAUAUCCAUUGGAGAUACAUCAGUUAUUUCAAGAUCAGUUAUCUAAAAGAAAAUUACCAUCUUUGGGCACCUGGUCUUCCUGGAGUCCAUGGACGCCAUGUUCGAGAACUUGUGGUGGAGGUGUGACCCAACAAACUCGACGAUGUGUACCAAUAACUGGUUCUAGUCAAAAAUUUAAUGGCAAACCUGGAAAAACAAAGACGGAAAAGUACUGCGUGGGCCGGUACAAGAGAUUUCACAUUUGUAAUAUACAGGAAUGCCCCACACCAAUCGACUUCAGAAGGCAGCAAUGCAUCUUUUUUAACAAAUAUCCUUUUCGAGGACAACUGUUUAGCUGGGAGCCAUUUUUGCAAGCUCCAGACGAGUGCGCUUUGAACUGUAGACCUUCUGGGACUAAUUUCUUUGCAACUUUGAAAAAGACUGUCAUCGAUGGUACUCCUUGUUAUCAUCCCUUCACAGCAACAGGAAGGCCCGCCCCUCCUGGUACGAAGGGUAUUUGUGUCGACCGCAAAUGUAUGGUGAGUCUUUUUGAAAAUCUUUAUAUUCUUCGCCUACAGUUUUUUCGCAUGAGGUAG